AUGCUCAGGUUUCAGGAAAAAGAAGACGCUCUAAAACAAUAUCCAAUUCUCCGGUCCACUUUUUUCGCCUCCGCACUUAUUGUCCUGAACCCAACUUCCUCUGCUCUUUUGCCCAGGUUUUUCUAUUCAUCUCAAUCGCUUCAAUUCAGGAAAAAAGUCACGUUUUCUACGAAUGAUGGAUGGAGGAUAAAAAGAGUUCGGAGAAAAAGUAACGUAGAAACCUUAUUGGACCCGCGGCACGUCAUCGAAGCCAUUUCGCUAGCCCAAUUUCUGGAUUCCACUCAAAACACCACUUUUAUUUUUGUUCCGCCUACUUCCUGAUGGUUUCUUGGCUUCGAAAGGCCUUGUCAUCGCGAGAACUUCCGGCCAACGUGGGCGCCCGACUGGAAAGCCUGUUCCCAAAGCUCAUAUCCUUUUUUCAUUCCAGAAAAAUACUCGGCGAUUCUUUCUGAUAGACUCAAUUUCCUCGGUGUUGAUCGUUUAUUUCAGGAAAUGUUCUCUGGGGAUUCCUUCCCACUGGAGCUUGAUGUAGCUUACUUCAGUGUCGGCGAUUUAGAAGCGUCUUGAAUGAUGUGAUUGAAAACCGAGGUCAUCGAAUAAACCACAACAAUUUCUUGUUGUAUGACAUUGUUUCAAUAGUAACCUAGAGAAUUUUCAAAGUCAAAAUUUGGGAUGCAAACUUGGGCCAUUCUAGGCCCGGCCAAACAGUUUCAAGAAGUCGUUAAUGGAGUAUGUUUUUGCAAAAGAAAAACCUUUGAUCGUUUCGUUGAAAAAGGUUUUUUCAUAGGAUUUCAAAUAUCUUCCGAUUUUUGGCUCACUUGGAACCAAAUUCUUUUUUUUGAGCGUGUUCUGAUUUUUGGCCAAAAUUUUUUAGUUGAGGUUUAUUAGACUCUGUUCUGUGAAAAGCCCGAUUGCCUACUUCCGAAAAUUUCCGGCGGUGCCUUUUUUUUUCUGAAAAAAAUUGUUAUUCUUCAAGAGCUCCAGUUUUAUUUUUGUACAUUCCAGAGGUACACUCUUUGUAGUUGGUUAUAUGUCUGACUAACCUCAAAAGUAUCGUACAUAUCUUUGUAGUCUCCAAGGAAUCAAAAGUAUCUGCCCAUUUUUGUAGGGAAAGGUCGACGGUUGCAGAAGUUCCUAGUAUUCAGUUGUUAACGGGCUUCCAGAUCUACGGAUUAACUUUUGAUGCGCCAGUCAAAUUAUUUCAGUCUGUAACUCUACAAGACACUUGAAAACAAUUAAUUUAUCCCAAUUCGGAUACGAGAGCUGAUUUUUCACGCUCGUUGAGUUGGAGCAGCUUUGAUGCAUUUUCUGAGCUUCCUUUUAACACGUUUUUCUUCCAGCGCUAAUUCAAGCAGCAAUAACAAGCUUCCAACUACAUUAUAAAGAAUCCUGCGAAUUAAUUACACAGGCUUUAUUCCAUUCCGCAGCCGCUGAGCCUUCCCGGAACAAUUUCCAGCUCAUUCAGGAUGUUCGAUUCAUUGUUAUCGGCCUGUUAUUAACAUAGUUCGAGGCUAGUCUCAAAGUUUCGAAGGUUACUGUAGAAGAACGUUCUAUUUCUCGCCGGAGAUAGCAUUGAACCAAAUAUAACUAAGAAAGAAGGUAUAUCACUGAAAUUUGGUAAGACAUUUAAUUUACAGAACGAACGGCCAGAGAUUUUUAACCUGAAAGGUUUUUGAGAAAGUCCCCUUUUAAUUUUUUUUCACUUUUAUUUGGCAAACGAUUCCACAAGUUUUCUUGAUAUUCUUCUAUUGCCUGAGAAAUUGGUCCGGUCGUUUUGAAAAACUCAAAAGCUGUGCAGUUGUUUGUCAAGGUUUCCACUUAGUACAUUAAAAGUAUCUCUCAGCUCAUUUUUCAAGAAAAAAUCCAAACAAAAGAGAUCUUGAAAUAAAAAUGACUCGGACCUUCGCUUCCCACUUUUUUUUUGGUUAUCUGUUUUCGAAGGCUAGCGCCAAAUUAAAGUUUUCGGUAAUUGACUACUGCUAUUGGAGGCGUUUGAAAAAAUAGCUCAUUUGAUUCGAAUUUUCGUGUCCAUAUUUUGGCAGGAACAGAACUUCCAAGAAACCCCUAAUAAAGCAUUUCGCGGCUUUUCCUCAAAAUACAGCUGUUUUCGCGCUUCCACCGCAUUGUUCUUUGUGGCGGUGUUGUUCUGGCAAGUUCCGAAGAAUGUCAUUAACCUCGUCUACCGUGGCCCCUCACCAGAAGGCUUUCUUUGCCAACAAAUCCACUUGAGGAAAUGUUCCACUUUGGCACCUCUUAACCCUUUUCAUUAGGUCUCGUUCGAGUGGAUUAGGCUGCAGUUACGCGUCGAGCGAAAUUAUUUUUGUCAGCUUUUCAUCGAGGCUUUUUGAACGCAUCGUCAUUAUGACGUUAUUAUAAAAACAUUGACGUCGGGGGCUCUUCUAAAAGUUCAAAGUUGACAAUUUGAACUCUUGGUUGCUGAACGUAUAGUUCAAAUGACUGAAACUGGGACCUUUAUGACGUUUAUCAAUGCUUUCUUAAUCAUUAUGGUAAGGAUUUGGACAAAUGCAAAAUUGAAAUACAAAGUUUCCAUCGUUUUUUUACUGUUCUGUUGAAAUUUUUCCCUGGCCGAACAGCAAGAAGUUCUUUUUUGACUUCCUUCGAAUAUUCUUUUGUUUCUUCUCUCCCCUAAUCAAAGCCAAGUGUGGCCCUCCUAUUUUUGAAAACGCUUCCCGACUUUGACCAUAAAAAAGUGGCCUUUCUCGACAAACAAGGCGAAUUUCAAUUUGUUGAAAAAUGGGUGAAUCGCGUCGGAAGUUAUGGGCAACUCGGCAAAGCAAUUGAACCCAUCUUUUUGCCAUUCAUCCAUCCAUUUGUCUGUCGUUCCGUGUUAAUUCCACGCGCUUGCCCAUUUCCUUUUUUAUCGAGGCGGAAAGCCUGAAUCAUACUGGAAACUGAAAACAAUUGAAUUUGCAGGUACCCCAGACACGUUUUUGUCAAAAGAAUGAACGCCUUCGAAAUGUUCGUCUUCUUGUUCGUCGUGCUCGCCGCCAUCGUCGCCGCGGUCCCUGUCCAAGGUUUUGCUUAUUUCCUUCUCACUCAGAAGUCAGAGAAGAAGUUUCCUUCUGCAGAAUGAGUCAUACCUGCUCUGAAUCAAGAAAUAUGCUGACCUUCCGUCUUAGGAAGUCUAAGAUCUAACUAGGAAACGGUGUCAGCUUAUAGCGAGACUUGUGAAUGAAGCUAGGCUAAUAAGAGAGCUGACCUUUUAGCCUGAAACAUUUAGCUUUGCGGGUUCCGUUUCAAUUUUAGUAGAAGCCCAACGUCUUCCUAACAAUCCACUUGAAAAAAGGUUCCAUACAACAUUUGUGUAAAUGUCACUUUGUAUCACACUUGAGCCUGCUGAUGCAAAAAAAUUUUCUUACCGGUGAACUAGUGAAACUAGUGAAAUUUUUAAGGGAGAACACUUUGAUUUUUAUGUCAACUUUAAAAAAAAAUCAUUCGAUUGUUCUAGAUUCAUGAAUUUUCAUCAUAAUUAAAAAGUGAAACGAUUUUUUUUUCAUAUUUUUUUCUUGAUACAUCUUCCGGGAGGUACAGUGUAUUGCGACUUCAUUUACCAAGAAAAAAUCUUUCAAGACUUUUUCCGGCUAAGUAUUCUGCGAUCCACGGUGGAUCCACCCAAUCAGCCUUUCAGAACGAUAUUUUCUCAUUUUUUUUUAUUAAUUUCCUACAUUCUCCAAUGGGUUCUAUGAUGAAAUCUGCAGACUCGCGCAGCUUCUGACAGAUAGCUUAGAGUCAUAUCCGCCACGAACUUUUAAUUAAGGCGCCCAUAAAAAAAUAUAUUUACGAGUGUCACGACGCCCACGUUUCCCUCUCUUUCCACGUCCUAUCGAGUCAAGGAAAUAGUUAACGAGCCGAAUAAUUUGUUUGAAUAAAAGUGAAAGAUUGCUUUUGAGGGUAGAUACGGAAAGUUUUUUUUCUUGCUGACGUUAGUUUUUGCAGGACCCCUGGAUUAUUCACCAUACGUGCCAACGUCAGAGGAGGAGUUGCAAAGACUUAUUCCUUCAGGUACAAUUUUCAUUAUGAAAAAUUACCUUUUGCUCCAAUAAGGUUGUUUUCAAAUUAGAGAACUUGAAAAUUCGUUCAAUUCAACUAACUUCAAAAAACAAGCACACCAGCUGCACGCGGUUGCUUCAACCGAAAUAUUUCUUACUUUAUGUAUCUUUUUUUUAACGGGCUAGCAUAGAAGGUACCACUGUCUUCUCAUCGAUAAUCUCGAAAUUGACCUUGUGAAAACUCACUGUUUUUCGGAUUUUUUACUUGAUUCGGCGGUGAAUUAACACGGUGAUGACUCGCCAGUAAGAAGGAAAAGAGUUCUAUUUUUGAGAAGGUAAAAAAAUGAUAAAUUUCUGCAUUCUAUUCGGCUAAAUGUGAAGAAUCGAGGUCAAAUGGCUAGACGUGUUGCGGUUCGAUUAGAACUCACUUCUGUUUAGAUAUUAUACAGCUUUUUUUUAAACAUUAAAACAUUAAAACAUUUUGAUUAGCGCUUUUGAAGCUACCAAUUUGCAGCCGUUACACGUCAAGUCUAUUGGCCUGUUUUAAAUUUUUCAAGUUGAAGAAAAAUCAAAUUGAAAAGUCACAAAAAUGAAAAUCUUGCAGAAGAGCUCGCCGAGCAGCCGAUGAUGGACAAAAGAGCACAGACGUUUGUGAGAUUUGGCAAGAGGGCGCAGACAUUUGUUCGGUUUGGCAAGAGAGCACAGACCUUCGUCCGAUUUGGUUAAACGAUUCGGAAGCCUCUAGCCGUUUUCCAACUCUGAUACCUGUGUUCCAUCCCACGACGUGCCACGAUCUCUCCGACUCCCUCAGACGAAUCUCUUCUUCCCCAUUGAUAAACCUUAUUUGUUGUUUCCUGCAUAUGUGAUAGUCGAAGAAACCAUUUUUCAUCGUAUUCACCGAGAGCACACAGAGAAGAAUGAAGUGAAAGAGGAACGGAGUCGGCGAGAUGGAUAUAGUGUCUGAGGAGACUUUUUGGGGCUACUUUAGGGGUUUGACGCUUUGUUGGCUACCAUAGCAGUCGAGUCGAAUUAGUGGUCACUUAUGCGUUCUCUCGAUUUAGAACCUCUCAAGUGGUCACUAGAGUUUUUCGCAGCCAAGUGGAGGAAAAGAGAACUGUUAUAAUAUAUUUUUCGCUAAGAUGAGAUUGGAAACCCCUGAAAUUUCAAGCGUUGAGGAUAAUGUUGCAUGAGUAAUUCUUCCAAAAAUACCAUUUUUGCUGAGGCGCCAAAAAAAAAAAGCAAAGCUGAGAGUGAGGAAGUCAGGCCGACAAAUUGGAUUUCGCGCACCUCGCCGUUUCAAGCCGUCGGCCCGCCAAUUUUCGAGUACUCGUGGGCUUUUCGAACUCGUCGUCGCCAUGAUGGUGAUACCGGUCAGCCAGCACAAACUCAUCAAGAUCCGCCGCGUGAAUCGCCAAAAACUCAUCAAGAUCGCCCUCGUCUGCUCCAUGCUUGCCUGUUGUUGCAACGUCCUCGGUGAGUUGAUCAACUACAUUUCGAAAACAAAAAUUGAACUUUCUAAAGGAAUCGCCUUUUUCCCUUAUUUAAUUUUUUUUUUCUGAAAAACAGUUUUUUUUUAACUUUCUAACUCGAUUUUUUCUCACUAGGGAACUACUCGGACUCGGGUACCCGUUUCGAGUUGAAACUUUGGUGGCUUAUAGACCCGGGUAAGAGUACUUGAAAACAAGAGAGAUUAUCUGCUAAACCCCUUAGGCUUCUGAGAAAAAGCUUUUUGAAAAUGAACAGUCUAGGCUUGAAAAUUAUCAAAUUUUUUCUUUCUUCCUUCUUUUGGCUGGAAAAAAGUUUUUUAGAGUUUAUCAUAGCCGAAUCAUUCAAGGCGAUUGUAUUAAAAUAUAAAAGAAGGUAUAGAGCAGUAUUCCGAAAAUUUUAGGGCCUAAUUUUCACAUUUUCUACUAAUGUUUUCUCAGUUCUCUAUUGGGUUUAGCAGAUGUUUCUUUUGUUUUCAAGUAUUCUGACAUAGGCCUAUGAACCACCAAAGUUUGAACUCGAUCCGCGGUUACGAGUUCGAGUAGUUCCCUAGUCAGAAGCGAACUGGGAAAAGCUGAUAAGUUUAAAAAAAUUAUUUCGAUCCUCAAAUUCUUGAAAAAAAACCAGUCAUUUCAGUCAUUGAAGAAGAACUCAUAGACUCUAGACUUCUUCAAAUUGACGAAAAAUUUCCCCUUAUUCUUUUGAUAAACCAAAUUUUUUUCGAAUAAUGGCGGCUAUUUACUCUUAAAAAAAUGUGGAAAUUUUUGUCUGCCUCUUUGAUAAUUUGAUUCUCUUUCGUUUGAUUAUUUGCAGUUAGAUUCCGAAGAAAAAAAUCUAAUUUAAAAAUUUUUUUCGAAAUUUGACAAAGACGCGUAUUCAAGGCUUUCUCAAGCUGUGCGACUUUCAAAAAUAGAAUUAUUUGAAACUUGAAGUGAAAUCUUCAAUUUCUACGGAAUUGAGAAAAAUCAUCAUAAAAGCUUGAGGAAGACUUUUUUAAAAUCUUGAACUGUAUUCUAAAAAUUCAAAGAAAAAUAUCUCUUUUUUAUCGAGUUUGUUUGAAGUUUUACUGAGUUUUUGGAAAAAAUAACUGUUCAUUUUUAUUUACUGACUUCUGCUUCCUGUGUGCUUCCACGAAGCAUGAGCUGAGCUUUUUCCGUCAGAGUAAAACCCAAAAAACAUGAUAUAUAAUUUAUUACCAUUUACACAACGAAGAGAUUUUUUUUUUGCGUUCUACGGAAGGGAUUUUCUCCAAAAAAAAAAGAGUUUAUCAGGCUCAUCGACCAACCAUUGGCUGUACACGUCGGAAGUGAUCAAGUACUUUCUGCACCCGAACCGGACGAGGACCUUGACCGACUCCGGCAGUCAUCCGGUCUACUUCAAGAACGCGACGAUGGGUCCGUGGCUCUUCUGCUGGCUCGACCGUCAGUUCUUCCGAGGCCAUCCUGUUCUAAACCUCGGCUUUCAGCCGUAACUGAGUUUCAUUGCAGCGCCGUCCACUACUUGCAGGACGACGACCCCAGUGACGUCACCACUUCCAUCCAACGUCCGUCAUUUUCCUACUCUUUUACGUUUUGAAAAAGAAUUCAUUUAGACUUUCAGACUUUUGGGAACCAGGCUACGGUCUGUUCUGUUUCUCACAGUUGUCGCAAGCAACUUGGGAGCAAACAACAAGUUCCGAAGAUAUCUCAAGACGAAAAGCCUUUUACAGUGACAUCUCUAAUUUUUUUUAAAUUGUUUAUAAACCUAAUGUCGAUUCACUUUCCCAGAGAAUCUUAAAAUAUUUCCCAUUUCUUUUCCCACUUUGGUUGAUCCUUUCCAGAAUCGGUGCGACGCGCAUUUCUGUUCAUGAUAACCGGUAUGCUUCUGGACGGAAUCGGCCUCAUCGUCUCGUUCAUCUGUUUCUGUCUUCCCAAUCCAUACGCCAUGCUUCUUUUCUGCUCACUUCUUCAUAUCAACGCCGGUAUCCAAUUUGAAAUCAAUUUCCAUACCGUAGCCUAGGUAAAACUGACCGACAGCUGAGGUAACCGGAUGAUUGAAAAUGGAAUCGUGUCGUCCAAACUGGCUUGAACCAGGGAUCAUAAAGAUAGACUUAUCCACAGUACUGCGCGUUUUUCAAACUUUCCAAUUUGCUUCAGGGAUCGCCAACUUUGCCUGCAUCAUCGUCUACAUGUCAGCCGUGUCAAAAGAAGUCGGCAACAAGAUUUUUCCGGCCUCGGAGAUGGACGACCCUCUCUUCUACAUUGAAUACGGCUUCUCUUUCUGGCUUAUCAAGGUGUUUUUUGCUAAAAACUAUUUCAAAAAUCCGCUAUUUCAGACGUCGUUCCUGUUGACAGAACUCGCUGCCUUGUUCGCCAUCGUCGUUUACAUGGCGAAACGAGAUGAACGCACCUUUAAUCGUUACAAAAUACGAUCGCUGCUCAAUUUCAGCAGGGUUUUCACAAUAUCUACACUUUGGCUUAUUAUUCCUACUUUUAAGCUAUCUGGAGAUGAGCCAGAACUAACAAAGACGCAUCAUGAGAAUGCGAGGUACUCCAGAAGAACAGGGUAAGAAGAAAAGUUUUUUUUAAAAAUUAGUACGAACUAUGAAGAAUUCAGAAGUCAUGUGGCGGAACUGAAAUCAAGUGUGCCGGAGAUGGACGACAUGCUAGUGGAGCCGAAAGUCCUACUGACGCCAACAAGAGGAAGCUUCCAAUCUCUCACAUCAACCCUGCUCCCAGACCUUCUGGCUAAUGUGAGUAGUAGCUGUCAAAAACGACAACUUACUAAACUUCAAUCAAAAAGUUAUAAAAAAUUGAUAAACACUUUUUUUCUUAAUUAUACCAAACCCUGCUGAUCAGGUCAGUUUCUUGUCUAGUGCUAAGAUGGUCCUUAGGUCCAUGCUAAAUUCUUGAGAAAAACCCCACUAAAGUUCUUUCAGACCACAGCCAUAGUGAAGCGUGUUUCAAAAACCCGAGUAUACGUAACUGAGUUGCAGAACGCCUCCUCCCACUCCCCACCGCCAGCCAGACUACCUCGACCGAUAACGACGUCAUCUAUCACGUCUUCAACGACGGCGACUCCGGCCAGGCCUCCUUGGCGACCGCGUUCUCCGCAACGGUCGUCGUCCCACAAGCGGAUCCAGCCCCUCCGGCGGUUCGCCAUCCCUGUCAACUCGCCUCACUUCGCUCCUUCCGACAAUUCCAAACAAUAA